CUUUAACGCAUCCAGUGGAAAUGACAAACCAGAGGCGCUCCACGGGCCAAGCAUGUCCGAUAAUAACAAUAAUCAUGGGCUUUAGCAUCAUCAGCUCAUCCUAAGCUCACAUCCCGAGACAGUAACGAGGCUUAUUUGGGCCAUUUUGUCGGUCUGCGGACGCCUCAAAGUUGGAGCGAGCUCACCAAAUGGACGUCGAUGGACUGGAAUGAAAUCUCCACUUCAAUCGGACUGAAGGAAGGAGGGAAAGAAACCUCUGCAUGUUCAAGUUUCCUGCUCCCACUAGAGGGGCAUCGCAGGGGACAGGAAGAUUAACGUUUCACUGAUGAAAAUUAAUCAUCUGUGGGGAUGCUCUGUGAUCGUGACUAUGAUGAUGAUGUCGAGUAAGAGCGUGGAGUGGCUGCAGGAGGAGCUGGAGUCCGGGGCCAGCUCUCUGCUGCUACUGGACUGCAGACCCCAUGAGCUAUACGAGUCCUCGCACAUCGAGUCGGCCAUCAACCUGGCCAUCCCGGGCCUCAUGCUCCGGAGGUUGAAGAAGGGCAACCUCCCCAUCCGCUCCAUCAUCCCCAACAACGAGGACAAGGAGAAAUUUGUUAAGAGGUGCAAGACGGACGUAGUGGUGCUCUACGACGAGGCGACUUCGGAGCGGCAGGAGUCCGGGCUGGGGAGCUCCGUGCUGGGGCUGCUCCUGCAGAAGCUCCGGGACGACGGCUGUAAGGCUUUUUAUCUAGAGGGUGGCUUCAACAAGUUCCAGUCAGAGUACCCAGAGCACUGCGAGACCAAUUUGGAUUGCUCCUGUCCCAGCAGCUCCCCACCAGCCUCCGUCCUUGGUCUUGGAGGACUCCGCAUCAGCUCCGACUGCUCAGAUGGGGAAUCGGACCGCGAGCCGGGGAGCGCCACAGAGUCGGAGGGGAGUCCGCUCCCCAACAACCAGCCAGCGUUCCCCGUCCAGAUCCUGCCCUACCUUUACCUGGGCUGUGCCAAAGACUCCACCAACCUGGAUGUGCUCAGCAAAUACAAUAUCAAGUACAUCCUUAACGUGACGCCCAACCUGCCCAACAUGUUUGAACACGAAGGGGACUUCAAGUACAAACAGAUUCCCAUCUCCGAUCACUGGAGCCAAAACCUCUCUCAGUUUUUCCCCGAGGCCAUUUCCUUCAUUGACGAGGCACGCUCCAAAAAGUGCGGCAUACUGGUCCACUGUCUGGCCGGGAUCAGCCGCUCCGUCACUGUCACCGUGGCUUACCUGAUGCAGAAGCUCAACCUGUCGCUCAACGACGCCUACGACUUUGUCAAGCGGAAAAAAUCAAACAUCUCCCCGAACUUCAACUUCAUGGGCCAGCUCCUUGACUUUGAGCGGACACUGGGUCUCAACAGCCCCUGCGACAACCACUCGACCUCGCCGACGCACGACCAGCUCUUCUUCACCACGCCAACCAAUCACAACGUGUUUCAACUGGACACGCUAGAGUCCACAUGAAAAUGAGACUUGCGUCUGUCCCCAUUACAACAUGUGGGGGGGGGAUCAUGGUGGUGUUGUUACCAUGUCAACAAGUGGCUGCACUGCAGGAGAGCAGCCAGUUUCAAUGAAUGUUUUAGCCUCCUGAGGCUCGUUGUCUGAGAGCCUGGCCACGGAGCAGCGUUGAAGCGACAGGAGGAGUCACAGAUGCCACGUUAAAGGGAAUGGGGAGGUUUUUUUUUUUUUAACCCGGAGAGGGAUACUGUUGGUUAACAAAGCUGUUCUCCCUUAUCAACUUGUAAACGAAGAACAAGGGAGAUUUAACUGAGAUAUUAAAUGAUCACAGCAGGACAGACAGCUUCAUACAAAGAUAGGAACAUGGAGAAUCUAUAGUGCUUGAUUUAUAAGAUGACUGCAUCCUCUUCGUCUAUCUGUCUCGGCUCUCGAGCCGAGGUGACUGGUGCCAAGUGGAAAAGCUGGGAUUUAUUCAUAGGAAAUCUCACUCUACUGAAUGUAGAGUUUUUAAAAACCAAGGAAUUAACACACACGCACGCACACACAAACACACAGAUAUAAACAAAGUAUGUAUGUUUGUACUGUGUGUAAUGUAUGUAUGUUAACGUACAUAGCAGAAAAUGUAUGGGCAGUCCUUAACAAAUUCAGUAUGUCUAUAUGCAUUUUUGUAUAUUUUUAUGUACAUUUACGCACAGAUCUAUACCUUAUAAAUCUUAUCUUUGUCCAAAAAGUAAUCCAAUCCAGUAAUGGCUUAAGAGAUUGUAAAAUUAAAGUGGAAUGGGUGUUGAGAUGGUUCUUUUUUUUUUUUUUUUUUUAAGUUUUGUUUCUCUUUAGGUUUGUAUGACCUAAUGCAGUUUGCACAGUGGUGUAGCCAUUGACUUGUUGGCACUUGGAACCGGUGCUGGAAGCAGUCAGAUAAAGAGACAUUCAGAGAAGAGGAGUGGAGAGAGGAGAGGCCAGUCCCAGGCUGCGACGAGUCCUGACAGCUGCACGGUGCAGUAGGGGGGGAGCAAAAACUGGGCCCUGAGCAGAGGACCAAGGAUAGGGGUUAAAACAAGCAGCGGGCUAGAAGUAGCAUGCCCUACUUCCAGGGUUAGGAGUUGAAUCACGGCUGGAGGUGGGAGAAGUUACUUUUGCGUGUAUGACGUUUGGCCAACUCUUUUCGAGCGCAUUUCCCAGUUCUUUCUUCCUUCCCCGUAUGACUGUUCAUCCAGUUGUUUGUCAGCUGUUCUGGAUAUUUUAAUAAUUUGUUUUAUUAAAAUAUCUCUUUCCUCCAAGUCAGUUUCUUGGCCUAUGUUAGCCUCCUUCAAGAGAGACUUGCCAAAAAGUAUUUGAGGUCAGGGGACUUUACCUUGUGGUCUGUGUUUGGAUUCUGGUGUUGUGGACCGGGACUGGCCUCAGCUAGACUACACUUACUUAAGCAGUUUCAUGUCCCUUAAUUGCAUUGGAGGAAAUUGAGAAGGAAGGUCUUUCUAAAAAGGGAUCACCCAUUGUGUCAAAGAAAGCUUUGUCUGAGUUGAUUCACCCUUAAGCCUUGGGUAUAUUAUUAAAAGAAAUAUAUAUUAAACACAAAUGAAUAUCCUACAUAGAGCAAAUAUUAAACAGAUCUUUAUUAUUUUGUAUACCAGAGCAUGCUGUGGUGCUGUAUGCUCUCUAACAGUAAACUCAACCACGGGUUGGAUGAUACUUCACCAGGUGGAGCGACAUAAUGAGGACCGUUUUAUUUAACUGCUGUUGCUGCUGAUCACAGCGGCACACAGCAUGUAGUCGAAGUGUUUUCUGAGACAGUGUCCACAUCUGUAGCACUUGAACAAACCUGCAGCGAUUUUCAGAAAGACUCCAAAUAAUACCAUGCUAAUUGGACUUGUAGGUGCGCUGGGCCUCAUGAAAGAACAUUUUCUUCUUCUUGCACAAAUGUGUUAGAAUUGCACAGCUGAGCCCGAUGAACACCACCUAUUAAUCAGAAAGUCUGCUCCUUAACGUUGAAACCCCGAAAAGUUUAUUUUUCUGUUCCAGCUUUCAUGUACAAAAAUGUUACUAGCAGGGGAAACACAAAGGGUCACACUGCAGAGAUUAAAGUCUUGCUUUCUGAAAUCGGCAGAAAAAAACUGUAACAAAUUUAGCAACGUGAGUAAUUACAAUCCCUGAAAAACAAACUAACAAAAAAACUACAGAGAAAUAACCUGCUAUUUGCAGCUGUAAUCAGAGAGCUGAAUGCUCACAAAAAAACAAAAACAUCUUGCUAAAGCAAAGCAAGUCCAGGUGGUGUUCUGUGCCAGGUGUAAUGGGGGAUAUGUUUAGCUUGACAAUGACCAGUAUAGAGAUGCUGAGGCAGCCGCUCUUAGGAAACAGCAACCGCAAAAACUGGAAACUAUGUUCUCCCUUAAGGUGAUAAAAUGAAUAUACAACCUUAGGGUUAACUCAAAGAUGCCGAGUUUGCUGAUUGAUCCGGCGCACUGGCGAGUUAUAAUAAAUAAUUUGGUUUUCACAUGAGGUCCAGCAUUCACAGUAAAACUGAGGAAAUUUGUCUUCGAAGUCGAGAUGUGGACGUUUGUCUAGACAGAAACUAUGAACGGGGUUUUCUGCGAGCACAGCAACUGAAUCUGGAGAGGGUUGGUUUUAGCUGGCCUUAUAUAAUCUUUCUAACUUGUUUCUAAUGCUGACUGUUCAAUACUCUUUGUAUCUCACCUUAGAAAAAAAAAAUUGUGUGGAAAAAAAAAAAGUUUGUUAUCUGUUAUCUGAGUAAGAACACGGUAAUAACAGACUGCAAGCUGUCUUUUUACCUUAACGGGUCACACGAGGUCCUCUUUGUUACUCUGCAAUAUAUCAAAACACCUUUUUUUUGCAGUAUUUUGUAGAUCUAAGACCUCAACAUUUUUAAAUUUUCUUCUUUUUGUACUAUAUCUAUUCUAUGUAAUUACACAAGAUCCAGCUUGAUUAUGGCUUAUGGACUGAAGUAACAUUUCUCCUGGGGUGUCCAGUACCAACCUGAAAGACUCACUAACAUACACAUUUAAAGACAAACACACACACACACACACACACACACACACACACACACACACACACACACACACACACACACACUGCUCCACACAGCCAGAGCUGUGGUUCAGCAUGCCAGUUAUGUUUCACAAUAGGCCGUCACACCAACCUGGCUUGAAUAAUUACAAGGUGUUGUUCCGUCUUGGUUUUGAUAUAAUGUGCUCUAUGCUAUUCCUGUGGCCUUUCAAUAUUAAUAUACUGUAUAUCUCAGUAUAUAUGUUAUGAAUUUAUAUGCAAAAUUUCCUCUCCUGUUUUAGCGUCAGAGAUGAAAAUAAUACUACCAUGCUUGAAUGGACUUUCCUUGUCUGGAGUCAUAUCCCACUUACAAUAGGAAAAACACAGAGGACUUGAUCACUUGCACCCUGGGAUUGAAAUAUAUUUCAGAACAGAGCUUUUCUAUUUAAAAAGAUACGAUUGAUUUCAAGCUGCUUUCUUGUGAUUUUUUUUUUUUUUUCUGUGUGUGUCUUUGUAACAAUGAAAGAGGAAUUAAGUGUUUUUCUCUGUUUGUAAAUUUGCCAGAUCACGGGAACGGCCGUUUCUGUGUCCUUAAACUUGUAGCUACAUCUUGGUGAGAUUUUGCUCUGGAGAGAAAGGUGUGAAUGAGCGAGAGGAGAGGAGAGGCGUGAAAUACAAAGUGAAAGAAAAAGUGAAUGAUUAAAAAUGUUACCUCAGUGAGGAAAUUUUCAGGGAUUUUUUGACAAUGCAUCUUGCAUCGUGUUACAGCUUCAAAGUCACGUUGAAUAGCUGUUUUGUAUUGUGCUGUAAACAGUUUUUUAAAAAAAAAAAAAAGAUGCAAUCUGUCUGUGUAUAAAAACAAAGGGUGUGUUACCUGGGGCAGUUUCACCUUUCUAUCUACUGAAGGAAAUGCGAUUGACCCUACGUAUUGUACAGUAUAUGGAAUCAACACAAGACAUGUUUAUACCGCAAAUAAAUAUUGAAAUAUUUUUUUCUUUAA